AUGUCUAAGGGCCGCUCCUCCCGAUCCUUUGGCAAGUUCUCCAUUGGCGACCCUUUUACGCCAGGCGGCAUGACCUCCCAUAUUACGGACAUUCAAUUCCUGUAUUCAUUGCAAUGGAGUCGCUACGGCCAGCGAUGUGGGGUUUUCUCGGAUGUGCAGCGUGGACAACAAGUUCCGCCGCCAUCUGCUAUCCGUUCUAGUAACAUUGCGCCAUACUCACCGGAAGGACUCUCAAACUGUACAAACUCGUCGCCGACCGUCCGUACGGGGAAUAUGCAUGUUGCGUCGCGGAUGUUGUCCUUUGUGUUUUGGGCAAUCCUGUCUCUUUUGCUGGUGCUGACAGCGAAUGCACUGGGAUGUGUUGGUUUCGGUAUGCAAGCGUCUCCGCUUUCUCAGUGCACGAGUCGUCGUCGGUUCGCACAAAAGAAGGGAUCCCACAGUCACCUCUCGUCUCACCGCGCAAUGACGCUCAAAUUGGCGAAAGCUCUUUCCGACGAUGACACGAGUGCGACGAUUGUGACAAAGUCCGCGGAGUCCUACUUUGUCGACGCAGAAUUCUUCGAAUUGCAAAUAUCACCCCACAGACCCCUUGGUUGCACGGUAGAAGAAAGCCUCGGCGAAGGACGACACGUAUUCGUCAGCAAAGUCGUUCCGGAUGGGAAUGCCGCUAAAGCUGGAAUCGCAGUGGGAGACGUCCUUAUAGGGGUCACGGCGGUCACUGGUGAUCAAAAAAUGGAUGUCUCCGGUCUCGGAAUCGAGACGAUUAAAGGACUAGUCGCAUCUCGACCGGAAAAUGAAUCCCUAUCUCUAAAGCUUGCGAGGGGAACAACCGUCGUCGAGGAUCACGAGCAAGCCAUUGUGGAUCUGUGUGGCAAUGAGGACCAGAGCGAGUCGGAAGCUGAGCAAUGCGUCUUGGAUUUUUUGAAGAGUGGCUACGACUACGCCAAUGAUUCUGAUGACAGCAUGGAGACUGGUGAUGAUGUUGACGCCGCAGACAAUGCUGCGGAGGAAGAGGACUUGGUAGGAAAUAUGUACAGUAUGUGGAACGAAGACAUGCCCGCCGCAUCGCCUAAACCGGAACCCAUACCUGCAUCCGAGGCGGCUAGUGUAGUCAAACCAUGGUCUUCGCGAUCAAGCCCAUCCGGAACUUUCAUCCGAGAUCCAACUACUGGAAAGAUGAAAAAUAUAGACGCUUAA